CCUUCAGGUGGCAUAUUAUUUUAAAAAAUUUUAUGCUUCGAAAAUCUUUACUGCCUUUUCUUACUUUUGUUUUUCCUCUGACUUGCUUCAUAGUUGUCUUACGAAUAAGCCGGUUCGAAUUAUUAAUAUCCGUGCAAAGCGCGAUAAACCUGGUCUUAGACCACAACAUUUAUCUGGCCUUCAGCUUGUACGUGACAUUUUCAAUGCAGAUUUACAAGGCGAUAAGAUUGGUUCCGAAGAAAUUUUGUUUCAGCCAAAUGAUGUGGAUCAAAAUAAAACUUUCAUAUGUGACACUAAGACAGCAGGAAGCAUUUCAUUAUUGAUUCAGAUCGCGUUACCACCAUUGAUUUUUUCUGCUCCGCCCCAAAAAUCAAAGUUACCUUUACCACCUAGAACACAGAAGGCUAUUCUUAAAGGUGGAACUAAUGUCGAAAUGGCGCCACCAAUUGAUUUUUUAAUUGAGGUGUUUAGGCCAAUUGUUCAACGUGUAUUUGGUUUCAAUUUUGACAUUAAUGUUAUAGGCCGUGGUUAUUAUCCUCAAGGUGGUGGUGAAGUCAUUUUAAGUGUAGAUCCUUUAGUUAAACAAGCCUUAAAGCCAUUAUAUAUGAUCGACCGUGGUAAAAUAGUUAAUAUCAAAGGGCGCGUGACUAUUGCAAAUUCUCCAAAAGAAGUUGCUACUAAAAUAAUUUCGGGUGUAACUCAAGCAUUUUCUAAUGCGUCAGUGCCAGAACUCAACAAUAUUAAGCCGGAUAUAGAGACUAAUAUUGUUAAGAUCGCCUCUGGCAAAGGUUACGACAUAUUACUAUGGGCAGAGACAAGUUCAGGAUGUAUAAUAAGUGGUAAUGCGGUUAGCAACAGAGGACAAUCACCAGUGGAUGUAGGAAAAAGAGCUGCCGAAGAGCUUUUGCGUAAUAUCAAGCAUGGUGGAUGCGUAGAUGAGUAUCUUCAAGAUCAACUAAUAAUUUUUAUGGCGAUCGCAGAGGGAAAGUCACAGAUUGUUACUGGUUAUUACAAAUUUACUUUUAUAAUAUUU